CGCGCGCACAAGAUCGAGUCAGUUCCAAAUUUAUUAUGGCGAAGAAGUUUGAUCUUUUCUUCAAGCUGCUUCUAAUCGGUGACAGUGGUGUUGGAAAAACCUGUAUUAUAUUUAGAUUCGCCGACAAUACUUUCAAUCCAUCGUUUAUUUCAACGAUCGGGAUAGAUUUUAAAAUCAAGACGCUGGAAAUUGGUGGAAAGAAAAUUAAGCUACAAAUAUGGGACACUGCUGGACAAGAAAGGUUUCAUACUAUUACUACCGCAUAUUACCGYGGUGCAAUGGGGAUUAUCCUAGUAUAUGAUGUUACAAGUGAGAAGUCGUUCAGUAAUAUUUCAAAAUGGUUAAAGAAAAUAGAAGAUCAUGCAAAUGAAGAUGUAAAAAGAAUGCUGAUUGGAAAUAAAUGUGAUGUUCCCCCAGAAAAACGAGUUAUCUCCACAGAACGAGGUGAACAGCUAGCAUCAUACCACAGCAUUACCUUUAUGGAAACCAGCGCCUUGUCAAAUAUAAACAUUGAGAAAGCAUUCUUAACACUCACCGAAGAAAUCUUACUUGCAGUCUGUCCACCGACAGUUGAGGAAACAGAAAAAAAUCAAAAGGGAAAGAAAAAGAAGAAAAUGAAACUAAAACGAGAACGUGCACAUUCAGGGUCACGCAAAAGAUGUUGCUAGCACGAAAAAUAAUAUUAUAGUAGAAUAUAUAGUCGAUGGAAAUAAUUAUGUAUUCAUGGAAGAUGAAAACUUGUUGUAUGUCAAUACUCCUUUUUACAGUUCUAUUCAGUGACCAUGAAUAAUAGUUCCUAGCCGAGGCUGGAGUCUGKAGUUUUGCUAUGCGUGGCAACUCCAGCCUCGGCUAGGAACUAUUAUUCAUGGUCACUGAAUAGAACUGUAAAAAGGAGUAUUAGCAAGUUCAAAAACAUUCAGUACUUAAGCUCUCAAAUGUCUACAAUAGCUUUCCUGCUCUAAAAUAGUCAAGAGUUAGUAAUGUCACAAAGUAAGUCGUAGUUGGAGAGUGUUCAGUUUCUGCCAAAACAGAUAAAAUCUCAAUAGACCUUUACACGGUGCUAUAUUCAUUUACCAUGAGAUUAAAAACCUUUGUUUAGCUAUCUCACGUGCCUCAUCCUGAAGCACUUGGAUGCAAGGCUAUGCAGAGGAUUCAUCUGUUGUUCCAGUCAACAUGGCUGCCGUGUGRUAAUUAAGGUCCAUUACAGCAAAAAGCAGAUUUUGAUCAACUUCGAAACUCUCUCAAUAAUUUAGACAACCUUACUGYAGUUGUGAAAUUUGGUUUUUCACUGCUGCCAGUCAAGAACAUAAAAGGUACYGACUGAUUAUUUUUCAUUGACGGCAGCAAAAACCAAAUUUCAGCGUGUAGUUUGUAACUACCGAGUUGGCAGAAUAUYGAAAACCACAGUAAAUCACAAAAUAAGUAAUGGUACUUUUUACUCUUCCCAGUAGACUGAGGCAGUUGUGAUUUCUUAAUCACUUUAUUUUUGUGGCAUCUGUUAUGUUAGCCGCAAGUGCAUAUUUCAAAUCGACCAUGUGAUGCCAAUAUUGUACCACAUGGACAAGUUUUUUACACCUCAGGCUAAAAACGUGACAGCACUUCAAUCAUGUGGUGUAAAAACUUGUCCAUGUGGUACGACAUUGGCAUCACAUGGAAGAUUUUUAAUGUACUUGCCAUUAACAUAACAGACGGUACAAAAGUGAUUAGAAAAUUACAACUGUCUCGGUCUGCUGGGAAGAGUAGUACUAUGUUGCAGAUAAGAUCAUGGCUGUCAGUCAGAUAUAUGUUCAAUUUCUUUCCUUUCACUAUUGGGUCGGUGUCCACUGGUAGAACGAAGCUUGAGAUUGGACAAAAUAACAAAAACAAAGAAAGCAUGGGUUAUGGUGAACAAUGUGUAUUGUUCCACAUGUGAGCUGCGUUCUUUGUUUUAUCUCACCAUUCAUUGUUUGUUCAUCCACUCCCAGGCUUGUGGAUUACCCUCACUUUUUCGAAAAUAUCAUCGUCAAUCAAGUAUGUGUUUAGACUGGAAGAUUUUAUUUCUCAAAUUYAUUUUUUCGAGUUUGAAUAAUCAUAUUAUAAUAAGCUUUAAAAGUUUAUUAGCAUUUUAUAGUAAAAUUAUCAGGAAACGUAGUGGAAAUUUCGAUUUGAUUUAGCAAUAAUCCAUCACUCAAUCAUUAAUCUGAUUAUUUAUAACARUAAGUUCAAUUAUUGAUAAUAUUCUUUUAAUGAGUAGAAUGGAGGAAUAUUAUAACAUGGAUUUUUGUACUAUUUGA